AUGUGCUUCCAUCAGUCAACAUGUAGCCUAACCGCUUGUGCUUUCUCUGCGGGAUCCUGUCCACAGACAGUUAAAUCUAUGUCAUGAUGAGGAACUUUAUUGUGAAAACUCUGGUUGACCGGAAAACGGAUGUGUCAUCCAGGGAGCGAGGAUAAACUAGCUAAGCUUGCAAAUUUAUGUGGUAACUUUAUAUAAAGAAGGGAGGAUGAGCAGCUCAGAGGAGGUGUCCUGGAUAUCCUGGUUUUGUGGACUCAGAGGGAAUGAGUUCUUCUGUGAGGUUGAUGAGGAUUACAUACAGGACAAGUUUAACCUGACAGGUCUGAAUGAGCAGGUGCCUCACUAUCGCCAGGCUUUGGACAUGAUUCUUGACCUCGAGCCAGAUGAGGAACUUGAAGACAACCCCAAUCAGAGUGACUUGAUAGAGCAGGCAGCAGAGAUGCUCUACGGUCUCAUACAUGCGCGUUACAUCCUCACAAACCGAGGCAUUGCACAGAUGUUGGAAAAAUAUCAACAAGGGGAUUUCGGCUAUUGCCCCAGAGUCUAUUGUGAGAAUCAGCCAAUGCUUCCUAUUGGUUUGUCAGACAUCCCUGGAGAAGCAAUGGUGAAGCUAUAUUGCCCAAAGUGCAUGGAUGUUUACACCCCUAAAUCCUCCAGACAUCACCACACAGAUGGAGCCUAUUUUGGGACAGGGUUCCCCCACAUGCUGUUCAUGGUGCACCCAGAGUAUCGUCCAAAGCGACCAGCCAACCAGUUUGUGCCAAGGCUAUAUGGUUUCAAAAUUCACCCAAUGGCUUAUCAACUCCAACUUCAAGCUGCAUCAAGCUUCAAGAGCCCAGUCAAGACAAUUCGCUAGAACACCACUUUGAUGAACACAGUGGACUUAAAAGACUUUGUUGUUUACUAUUUGUUUAAAAGGAAUAGAUUAUAUAUUCCCAUUGAAUGCCUGUACAGUUUACCACCCUCACCUCUGUGUUUAGACACUUUCAGAACUUUUCUCUCAUUUAGUGAAACACUGUUACAGUUGAGCUGAUCAGUUUGUUUUCCGUAUUAAAACACGUAAUUAUUCCCAAAUGGUCAUUCUGCUAAUACAGUCUUAACUUUAAUUGAGUUCAAUGCAUCUUUUCACAUUCAAGGGUUGUUUCUCUGAAACAGAAAAGUGGCUUUAACUCCGUGAUGAUGAAGGCUACAGAGGGCUUUUUGGCUUAAUUGCAGGUGAUUGAAUGUAACAGAAAAUGUUGUGACCAGCCCGACACGUUUGGCUUAACAGCGAGACAGUCAGUCACUAACAGUAAAUUAAUUAGUUAACAUUAAAUCACACCAAAUCAUUAACUUGUGCUGUAGAACAGAUUUUCAAAUCUGCAUAUGAUUUUAUUCAGUUAAGAUGGAUUUUAUUUGAAUACAGCAAUAUGUGUAAAUCUGAUUAGGUGCUAUAUUUCCAAGAAACAAUCAAUACCAAAUUAAAGGUAGAAUUAUCUUAAAAAAUUGACCAAUGCUUUAUUUAAAUUCUAUUAUUACACUGUUGAAUUUUUAAGUUAUUGGUUAUACAUGUACUUAAUUGUUUAGCUAACUGUAAUAAUACGUUCCUGAUAAGCCUGUAUGUGUAGUUUCAAUUUUAUUACGAUGUUCUCAAGUUUGGUGUUGAGCGAACAUCCAGCAACAUCUACUGUAGAGCAGUUGAAUGGCAAUCAUUUAUUUUUUACCAAGAUCUUUGAUCUUUUUAAAUUGUAUGCUACACAGAUAAGACAGCCUAAUAAAAUGCAAAAUAAUG